GUCGAUCCUUCUUCCUUUCUCCCCGCAACAUUCAUUCCUUUCUCAUCCCCGCGAGUGUACCUGGAGUACUGAGGCUUUCUCACCGGAGUCUCUCGCGUCUCUUCUUCACCUUCGCUCCUUCGUUUCUUCACAUCCGGAAUGUCGACGACCCCUCCCGCCUCUGAUGACGACGCCGGAUCCCCGCAGCAGCGGCGGUCGCUCAUCGGCUUGUUCCUUGCUUUCCAAAUCAUUGGCUUGAUCGGCAGCAUCGCGCUUGUGCUUACGACCACCCUCUCCCGACGCGCCUCACGUAGUGCAACGUGGCAGAACUUCUUUACAUCGUGGAUCGUCUCUGCAAUCUCGUACUCGCUGCUUCUUUUUACGAGCCAGGCGUACAAUGACACUCCACCGUUUGGAGUAUGCUUGGCUCAGGCAGGAUUGAUCUACGCGAUGCCCUCGUUCACGGCGGCCACCACCUUCGGCUUGAUCACUCAAAUUUGGUUUACCAUGCAAAGUCUCCUGAAAAGGAGAAUUGCGUCCGAGAGAUAUUGGGUCAUCGCACUCAUCAUCAUUCCCUAUUGUUUUCUCGUCGCGAUGGCCACUGCAUCAUGGGCUACCGGAUCUGCUGAUCCAGCUUCCGUUGGCCUCAUCGGAAGCGGAAUGUACUGUCACAUCGACGCCGCCUCAGGGAAACUAGGCAAAAUUUCUGGCGCUCUUGUGGCAUUGAUACUACUUCCGACGGUGGCGAUCGAAAUCUCGAUUUGUGUAGCGCUCCGACAACACUGGAAGACUUUUCGCCGAGUCCGCCACUCGUUUUCGAUCAUGAUUCGGGUCAUGGUGUUCACGCUUAUCGGAUUAUUGGCAGUUUCUAUCGGGGCGCUUUUCGUCUUCAGCAGCAAUCAUGGACCAGCGAUGAACAUCGUUCUCGCAGCCAUGCCGUUCGUCUCCGCAGUCAUCUUCGCGUCGCAGAGGGAUAUAAUCUCGGUGUGGAUGUUCUGGAGACCGUCGCCCAGCGACCAAACGCUCUCCGAAACUAGCACGAGCACCACAAAUUCCACUGCUGCACUGGUCAAAGCUUAGGUGUCUUUCAACUCCACUUGGCUGAAACUGUGGAUGAUGUCCGGAACAAGGUGUACAUAAGUCGUUAUUUUGUAUAGUCGAUAAGUUUUUGUACAUCUUAUUUAUGACCAUUCAGAAGGGUCAGGUGGUCAGGGGGAGAGAGACGCCUUACAUAAGCGUCUGAUUACGGGGAUGAUCUAGUAUGUGCGAUACCUUACAGACAUUCAGCUACGAACUCCGACGUUACGCUCUUCCCUGCUCAUUGCCCGGAACCUUUGCUCCAAGGUUUCAAAACCACGAACACCAGUCUCUCCACACAGUUCACGGACAGUGCUUGCAAUGUCAUCAAUGAGC